AUGACUUUAAAUUCAAUAUUGAAAAUAGUUGAUAUAUCAUCCGUAAAAGAUAGAAGACAAUCGGAUGUUGUGAAAAAUAAAUGUGAUUCAUUGAUGAAAGAAGUCAAAUUAUUGUCCACAUCAAUCAAUAAUUUAGGGUCAUCAUCUGAUACCACAAUUGUCGAGGAUCUUAAUUAUGAAGAUAUGCAAGUGUUCAUUUUAGGCUUAAAACAAUUAGUUUCUGAAAGUGAUCAUUCGGAAAAGAUCCGUUUGUUAACAAUAUGUCCAGAAUGGUGGAACAGAAGAGACGUUGUUUAUCAUUUUGACGUCACCGAAUGGGAAGCUCGAACAGCCAUGAAGUUACGUGAAACAAGUGGAGUUUUGUCAUUUUGUGAGAACAAACAGGAUAGAGGACAAAUAACAGCAUCAACAAUCGAAAAGGUUCUCGAGCAUUAUCAGGAUGAUUCAAUCAGUCGACAGUCGUCGAACGUAAAGGAUGUGAUCCAGUUGAAGCUAGCAGACGGAACAAAAAUUCCUAAACCUUGUCGAAUCAUGUUAGUUUCAGUAACCGAAGCUUUCGAAAAUUUCAAAACAUUUUCAAGUAUUGUACAACAAUCAGUAACAUCUACCGAUUUUGUGAAGAAGAUUGUGUGCUCUGAUACAAACUUAGUGUGUAUGAAUGGCACUUGUCUAACAUGUAAAAAUAAAUCUCCAUCAACUGAAUUGCCAAACUUGUAUCCAAUGAAUUUAAAUGAAGACGUUAGCUGGAUGACAUGGGCAAAAGUUGAUAAUAAAAUAGAUAUCCAAAAAAUCACUGGUUCAGUAGAAAAUUUGUUAAAAGCUAUGGAUGAGCAGUGGAAUAAAUAUCUUCUUCAUGCUUUUGUAACAUCUGAACAAUUUGGUUUCAUUAAAACACUAAAAGAAUCAAUAGGACUCUAUCAGGCUAUCAUUCAAAUGGAUUUCACUGAAAACUUUAGUCUCGAUUUCCAAAAUGAAAUCUAA